AUGACAUGGGGAGCCACUACUGCCUUUAGGCCGGCCCUGCCAGACCACUGUGCUCCUCAGACCGUCUUCCUCCUACGCUUCAGCAGCGCUCUUCAUACCUGCGUACCGACUCCCCUCGCGUUCGUCUCCAACACUCUCGGCUCCCUCAGCAUCGUUGCUUGGCUGUUCGCGCAGUUACCGCAAAUCUACAAGAACUGGAGUUUCGGGAGCACCUCCGGUCUAUCCAUCUACUUCCUGGUCGUGUGGUGUCUUGGAGAUCUGAGUAAUCUAUUGGGAGCGCUCUUCACGCAUCAGGCAUCAUGGCAAGUCGCUAUCGGGGUGUACUACGUUUUUGUGGACCUGUGUCUGGUUGGACAAUGGCUGUGGUAUGAGAAGCUGAAGCAUGGACAUCCAGUGUUGCGGGUCUGGAGGAAGAGAGGGCAGAAUGAUGAUGGUGGUGAGAAUUCGGGAGGGAGGAUGCAACAAGUGGUUAUUGAAGGUAUGCCGGUGCUGAGCCGAGAGAAUAGUAGUGAUGAGCAUUUGUCUGACGAAGUUGAAGGUGAUGGUGGUGCCGCCAAACAACCAACGAGACCGAAGAUCAUCUUUCGAACACCGACUUUCAACGCCGAGCAACGGGAACGUGACAAGAACGAAAAGGCUUCGAGCAGUCAGUCUGGUACUCCAAACGGCAACACAAUACUCCGAGUAGCAAGCUCCUCACCGAUGCCAUCGCCCUCACCCCGCACAAUGCUCUUCCUCGCAUGCCUAGUGGCCCUCGCCCAAGCUACCCCUAUCACUCAUCAAACCCCCAACAACAACUCCUUCCACGCUCUCCAAUCCCACAAUCCCACCCCUCUCGAAUGGGCCGGCACCGUCCUCUCCUGGACAUCCACAGUCCUCUACCUCGGCUCCCGCUUCCCGCAACUCCUCAAAAACUUCCACCGGAAAUCCACAGAAGGUCUCUCCCCGCACCUCUUCAUCGCAGCUUUCUGCGGAAAUCUCCUCUACUCCAGCGCCCUAGCCACAAACCCUCAAGCAUGGAACAAUUACGGUCCCUACGGUGGCGGAGGCUGGGUAGGCCAAGAAGGAAGCGAUCGUGUCCAGUGGGUGCUAGCCGCUCUGCCGUUCUUUCUGGGCGCGUUCGGGGUUCUGGGGCUGGAUGGGAGUGUCGGGGUGCAGUUUCUGAUGUACGGCGAGGGACCGGAGAAGUUGGUGGUGGUGGAGGAAGAGGCAGGGAGUGGGCGGUGGAACUGGAGGUCGGUGAGUGGGUAUAUGAGGGGUUGGGUUCCUAGUAUCAGUCGCGGGAGAGGGGAGAGGGAGGCUUUGUUGCGGGCGGAUGAGCGGCAUGGCGACGGGUAUGGAGCAUUAUAA